CUGAUGUUCCUUGGGGGUUUAACCAACCAUCUGAGCCUCUCUGCAUUUUCUAGAGAGAGAGCGAGAUGGAAAUGGUCCAGAUGAUGGAAUGGUCAGAAACGCCAUGGGGGAACGGGAAGAUGAUGAUAGAGCAAGCCAAAGAAGAGCUGCAAAUACUGGAAGCCCAGCACCCCAAUCGGUUUGAGUAUCUGAAACUUGAGCUCAAAUCCUUCAUUUGCCUUCUCCAAUCACAAAACUCGACGAUGCUUCUUUCUAAUCAAUAUGACAACAACAUGGUGGUGUGCUCCUCUUCCACUGCUACCACUCAAGCAUCAUCAACCAGCAAGAAGAGGAAGAAAGGUGCAAGUGAAAGGAAAAGAACAGAGCCGGGCGGUAAAAUCGAACAGAGCAAGCAACUGAUCCAGAGGGCUAACUUCGACGAGUCGUUGUAUAGUAGGAGGAGAGAUAGGGUUGAGGUUGCGCUUGAGAGGGCUCAAGCUUGUCUCCAGAAAAUUCAACAGUUCAAAACUACCUUUUGAUAAUCCAUCAUAACCCCCAUAACAGGGGGAACCCAACUAAAAUGAACACUGGUGUUUCCCUCCUUGCCUUUUGCCUUUUGUGGGUUAUGGAACUAGGCUACAGCCAACUGAAGGUUUUGUUUUUGGUAUGUGCUUUGACAUCUACUCACUGUUUUGGGAUGACUCUUGUUUGAUCAGAUCAUUCGAUGGGUUCGGUAGUUCAAUGGAGUCUUCUUUUGUUGGUUGGUUCCGAGGAGCAGCACAUUGGUUCAGUUGUUGUGAUGGGCUUGAAGACGAACAUCGGUUCGCAUGCACAGUUAUGUCCGAAGUUGUGUUUUGAAGGGAUAUGCGUAGACUCUGUUGGAAAAUACGGCAGCUCCGUUUGUACUGGCAUAGGACUGUUGCUUUUGUUACUUCCUCAAUCCCUUCUAUGGAAUUCACUGGAAUUUUGUGGAAAUGAAUCUAUAGCCUGAUGCAUAUCGUGGGUGCCGGAAAUAUAAUAAUGUAGUUUUUUUUUCCA